GCUAUAAAUAGCCAUUGGGGCCCAAGCAGGUGGCCUUAACACAUGGCUUUCCUUCCAAACAUGCAGACCCAUUUUAAUUAAAUUUGUAAUUAACCUUUGGGAGGGCAGGCUGGAUCCCAUUUGCUGCUGGAGACACCCAGGAGAUGGGGGUCCCAGCUGUGCUCAUGCUACCCUUGCUGCUCCUGGGAAUCAGCGGCCUCCUUUUCAUCUACCAGGAGGCGUCCAGGCUGUGGUCCAAGUCAGCUGCGCAGAACAAGGUGGUGGUCAUCACCGAUGCCAUCUCAGGACUGGGCAAGGAGUGUGCUCGGGUGUUCCAUACCGGCGGGGCCAGGCUGGUGCUGUGCGGAAAGAGCUGGGAGAGGCUUCAGAGUCUACACGAUGCCCUGAUCAGUGUGGCUGACCCCAGCGAGCAGACAUUCACCCCAAAGCUGGUCCUCUUGGAUCUCUCGGACAUCAGCUGUGUCCAGGAUGUGGCCAAAGAGGUCCUGGAUUGCUAUGGCUGCGUGGACAUCCUCAUCAACAAUGCCAGCAUGAAGGUGAAGGGGCCUGCCCAUAACAUUUCUCUGGAACUCGACAAAAAGAUCAUGGAUGCCAAUUACUUUGGACCCAUCACACUGACCAAAGCCCUGCUCCCCAACAUGAUCUCCCGGAGGACCGGACAAAUUGUGUUAGUGAAUAACAUCCAAGGGAAGCUUGGAAUCCCGUUCCGUACAGCCUACGCCGCCGCCAAGCACGCGGCGCUCGGCUUCUUCGACUGCCUGCGGGCCGAGGUGGAGGAAUACGACGUUGUCGUCAGCACCGUGAGCCCCGCUUUCAUCCGCUCCGACCACGUUCAGCCAGGCCAAGGAAACUGGGAGGCCUCCAUCUGGAAAUUCUUUUUCAGGAGGCUGACCUACGGGGUGCACCCCGUGGACGUGGCGGAGGAGGUGAUGCGCACGGUGAGACGCAAGAAGCAAGAGGUCUUCCUGGCCAACCCCAUCCCCAAGGCCGCCGUGUACAUCCGCACCUUCUUCCCUGAGGUUUUUUUUGCCGUGGUGGCCUGUGGGGUGAAGGAGAAACUCAACGUCCCAGAGGAGGGUUAACUGCAGGGGGCCAAAAGGGUCACCCCGCGGGGAAUAAAGGCUUCACGGGCAA